CAAAAAAAAAUUUCGGGUAUCCGGUCGGGUUCGGUUUUGGACCUUAAGUCAGGACGGCCCGGCCCAUCGCCAUCCUAGCCAUCGUAACCAAGACGAGGGUAAUUUCGUCAUCUCAAACAGCAGAAAUCCAUUUCAAAAAUGCAGUCGCCGCUUUCUGUCGCGCUCCAUUUCUCCCUGUAAAUUGCAAUUGCUCCACGGAAACACACCGAAAUCUUUCUCAGAAAUCGUCCAAUCCAUGGAGCUGGAAUCUGAAGACGGAUGGAAAAUUCCCAUAACCAUAAGAAAGGACUCCAAAAUCGAGCUUGGAAGAGGAAUCGGCUUUCCUACCGACGACCGAACCGUCUCCCGUCGACACGUCUCAUUGCAACUCCACGCCGCUGCCCCAAAAGAAAGCGACCCAGAUGGAGAAAAUAUGGUCUUUUUUGAAGUCAUAGGAAAGAAUCCCAUCUGUGUUUUCAGCAGCAGCGGAGCGGCGAACAGGGUUUUCAGGAAUUCGGAAAAAGGGGAGAUGAAAGUCGGCGAUCGGCUCUCGAUUUCACUGAGAAAACCGGUUUUCUUUACUUUGAAGAAAAGGGGUUCUGAAGUAGAAGAAGACGAAGAGGAGGAGAGGAUUUUGAAGGCGGUGGAGAGGAGGAAGAAAAGGACUUUGGAGAGGAAAGAGGAAGAAGAGAAGAGGGUUUCUUUAAAAGAGGAGGGUUUUCAUGGUACCAAUGGCGAUGGAGAGGAUGGGGUUGGAGAUUUGGAAAUUGGGUUAUUGAAUAUUUCGCAGGUCGAUCCUGUUAAAGAGUUUGGAUUUUUGCUAGUUGGCCAAGAAUUCAACCGCUAUCCAGGGCAAAAGAUCCGUGAUAUUAAGGAUUGGGAUUGGUUCCUUGAAGAACCAAGUGAAAAUAGUGAGGAUGGUGAGAUCAUUGAUGAAGAAAUACCAAAGGGGAGGAAAGUGGGGAGGAGAAAGAAGAAAGGUGAAGGCAACAACGAUGAGGAUUGGAUGGGUGAGAGUGAAGAUGAGAAGGUGUUAAUCUCAAAAUUGAAAAGUGCCAAGAGACCCAAAUUCUCCAUAACGAGAUCAAAAGAUGAGCAGAAACCCUGUAAAGAUACUCUAGGCGGGAAGACAUCAAUGCCCCAAAAAACUAACGGUGCUGAUAAAGAUGCAGAUGAUGACAACUUAGGUGGCUUCAUAGUCGAUGAUGAUGACUUGGAAGAAGAAGAAGAACAUGAUGAUGACAUUGAUGAAGAAGAAGAAGAAGAAUAUGACGACGACGAUGACGGCGAAGAUGGGUGAUAAUGAUGGGAAUUGAAGGUAGUAGUAUUAACUAAUGGGUAACGUAUCUUUUCAUUCUUUCAUGUAUGAUGUAUGGUUUUGAUAGAGAGGGAUUCUGAGUAAGCUUUCUGUGCUCACAAGUCCCAGAGAUUGUCAUGUAAAUAUUAGGUGUUCUUUCCUUGUUACUGAAGUGGCAAUGUUUUUGAAUCAGCACCAUUAUAACACCAGUAUGCAAAGCACCUUAGCUGUAUGUUGUACUCGAAUUUUAUAUUGUUUUUCUAAAGCAUCUCGAGAUUCAACUA